AUGUACAAUACUGUUAUAAAAUCUUCAUCAAGUCUUUCAUUGACUUCAAACGAAUCAACAUCACCUGGUACAAUAAAUUCUAAUAUAUCACCUAUUAUGCGUAAUGAUUAUAGUCUUGAUAGUGUGUGUUGUACAAAACGAAGUUUACAUACAUUUUCACAUAUGUGGAUUGUAGAAAAUUUUUCAUCAUAUCUUGAAGAUCCCGAACCAAUUAUUUGUUUAUCAUCAGCACCAUUUAGUCCAAUAUCAGGUAUUAGUAUAUCAACACAAUGGCGUCUUGUUUGUUAUCCAAAAGGCAAUUAUGGUGCAUCAUCAAAUUAUAUGUCAAUUUUUCUUGAAUAUAUUAAAGGUGAACGUGAUAUAAAAGCUAAAGCUGAAUAUUCACUUGUUAAUCGUAAAUGUGAAUUAACAGAAAUGCGUAAAGAUGUACAAUUUUCUGUUUAUAAAUGUGGUAAUUCACGUGGUUUUAUUAAUUAUGUUAAAUAUGAUACGUUAACAUUACUCGAGAAUGAAACACUCGAUGAUGAUAAACUUAAAAUAUAUGUACGUAUAACAAUAAUGGAUGAUGCUAUAACAGAAGAAACAAAAUAUCAAGAAUUUGAUGAUAGUGAAAGUAUUAAUUUUACUACACGUGGUCUUGAAGGUCUUGUAAGAGAUUUUACACAACUUUUACUUCAUCCAUCAGCAAGAAUGAGUGAUAUUAAAAUACGAGUUACUGUACCAUAUACAGCAUAUGAUGAUGAUUCAAUUCAAUCACCUGUUAUUUUUCAUGCUCAUAAAUUAAUCCUUGCUGCACGUUCACCUGUAUUUGCAGCAAUGUUUUCAAAUCGUACUUUAGAAAAUACAACAAAUACAAUUGAUAUUAAUGAUUUACAUCCAAAUACAAUUCAAUCUAUGUUGGAAUAUAUCUAUACAGGCAAAGUAACAGAUAUAAAAAAAUCUACAGUUGAAUUAUAUCGUUGUGCUGAUAAAUAUCAAUUAGAAGAUUUACGUUUACAAGCUGAAAUGGCUUUAAUGAAUUCUAUAUCAAUUGAAACAAGUGCUGAAAUAUUAUUACUUGCUGAUCAACAUCAUUCAAAAGAUCUUAAAUCUCGUGUUAUUCAAUUUAUUGUUAAUGGAAAUCUCAAGGCUAUAAUACAAACAGAUGGUUGGCAUAAAUAUGUUGCAUGUAUUCCAGAUUUAGUUACGGAAGUAAUUCAAGCAACAACUAUUGAAUAA